AACGAUUUUAUUAACAAUGUCAGAGAAACCUGUUUGUGCCUCUAUUGAGUGUAAGAAUGAAGCUCAUUUGCAAUGUCCUACUUGUGUAAAGUUGGGAAAGAAUGAAAACUCCUUUUUCUGUUCUCAAGACUGUUUCAAGAAAAGUUGGGGCUCUCAUAAGGCCAUCCACGGAAACACUAAGUCUCCCUAUGAACCUUUCAAAACUUUCAAGUAUGCAGGUCCUCUUAGAGCUGUUUACCCUCUUUCCCCUCGCCGUGCUGUUCCUGAAGAUAUUCCUAGACCCGAUUAUGCCGAAACUGGUAUCCCCAAGUCCGAAUUCAUGGCUAGAAGUUCUGAAAUCAAGGUUUUGAACUCCAAGGAAGUUGAAGGUGUUAGAGAAGCUUGUAGAAUUACCCGUGAAGUUCUUGAGAUCACUGCUAAGGCCAUCCGUGUUGGUAUCACCACUGAUGAACUUGACCGUAUUGCCCACGAAGCUACUAUUGAACGUAAAUCUUAUCCUUCUCCUUUGAACUACAACUACUUCCCCAAGUCUAUUUGCACAAAGUUCUCUUUUACAGUUAUCUGUCACGGUAUUCCCGACCAACGUGCUUUAGUUGAUGGUGAUAUUAUUAACAUUGAUGUCAGUUGUUUCUAUAAUGGCUUCCAUGGCGAUGCUAAUGCUACCUUCUGUGUUGGUAACGUUGAUGAAGCUGGUAAGAAAUUGAUUAAUGUCACUCGUGAAUGUUUAGAUAAAGCUAUUGCCGCUGUCAAGCCUGGAAUCAGAUAUCGUGAUUUCGGUAAGAUCAUUGAAGAACAUGCUACCAAGAACGGUUUCUCUGUUGUCCGUACCUUCUGUGGUCACGGUAUCAACCAAUUGUUCCAUUGCGCACCUAAUGUUCCUCAUUAUGCCAAUAACAAAGCUAUUGGUGUUGUUAAGCCAGGCCAUAUCUUCACAAUCGAGCCCAUGAUCUGUGAAGGUGUUCACCAAGAACUUAUGUGGCCUGAUGGUUGGACUGCCACAACUAAGGAUGGUAAACGUUCUGCCCAAUUCGAACACACCCUCCUUGUUACUGCAACUGGUGUUGAGAUUUUAACUUAAAAAAAACAUUUCAUAAUUUUUUUUUCCGCAUUAGAAAAUAUAUAAAAAUUUAGAUUUUGUAAUUUUAUAUCAUGUCCCAAACGCAAUAUGCUAUCAUACACCGUGUGAAGCAAAGAAAAAAAAC